AUGUCCACUGCCAUGUCGACAGCGUUCAUGGUGGACAGUAUCCUGCAGGAUAAGGACACACCAAGCGAACAAGUGUCCCGCUGUACGGACGGUUCCAGCCCGGUUGGGGUACUGCCCGGCGCUGUGUCCAAUGGGGACGCUGGAUCGCUCGCCUCCAUCUCGGACAGUGACGAGUUUGACGAGCCCAAAGACUCUGCCAGUCUGUGUGACUCGCCGAAAAGUUUCCACGGUCUACACCAUCAUCACGCAGCGGGUGAUCAUCAUCUGCAUCUGCAUCACCAUCAUCUACUGGCUCAGCAUCAUCAUUCGCACCACCAUUCGUCGGCGUACUCGGACGAUGAGGUACCGGCGGGUCCUCCGUCAUCCAUCAAUGGUGGUUCGAUCGUGAGGCGACCGAUCGGAACAUACCGAACCCAUCCGGACGAUGGUGUGCCGCUCGAGCAGAUGGAUUUCUGCUGUGCCAAGUGUGGCCACUGUCAGGCGGAACUUAAUCCUGGUAGUAGGUCCAGUCCAGUGGGCGGACCUGGAACCGGGGUAGAUAAAAGAGGUUCCGAAAGGGAACAUAAUAACAACAAUAAUGGGGGCAGCAAGGAGGAAAGUGGUGGCCCAGAAGUGGUUGGGGGUGAUGGUGGUUUGUGUGAGUUUGAGUUUCGCUGUGAAAAGUGUGGGUUCGGGGAGUAUGUGGUUCCGGGCAAGCAGACAAUCCUGAAGGAAAGCAGCAAACCGGUCCUGAAGUUUAGUGUGUCCGCAAUUCUGGGCGACAAGAAGGAUUGCGUUAAAGUUAGGAAUGAAUUUAUUCAACCACAGCACCUUUGGCCUUACAUUCAGCAGAACCUGAUCCAACAGAACCACUUAGCCAACCCGGCAUUCCUGGGAGCUCAUCCACACCAUCCGCAUCAUCCUCACCAGCAACUUCCCCAUCCUCAUCAUCAUCAUCCCCAUCACCAUCACCACCAUCAUCAGGCUGGACCACAUCCAUUGUCACCUCAUCACCCGCAACAGCAACAUCUUACCGUUGGCCCGAACGGCAGUCCGACCGGGCAUCCGGUUAACAGCAAUGGAGCUCCUCAUCAGCAGCAGCAGCAGCAGCAACAACACCAUCUUCACAAUAGCAGCAGCAACAGUACCAGCGAGUCUGGCAGCUUACCAAACAGCCCGGAACUACAGGAACCGUCAGCGGUAGCAGCGGUGGCACUACAGCAAUCGAGAGAUAAUAAAAUCAUUGCGAAACCACUUCCAAGUCGACCAACGCCCUUUCUGCACCACAGUCUCAACCAUCCGCAUCUUCACUCGCUGCUGGCCCACUGUCGCAAUCCUUACAUACCGGGUGGACCACAGGUUUUCCCACUACCUCCUGGGCAAGGUUUUCCGUGGGCACAUUCAACACGAGGGAAGCCCCGGCGGGGGAUGAUGCGGAGGGCUGUCUUUUCAGACUCCCAACGAAAAGGACUGGAGAAACGAUUUCAGCUUCAAAAGUACAUCAGCAAACCGGAUCGAAAGAAGCUCGCGGAACGGCUCGGUCUUAAGGACUCUCAGGUGAAAAUAUGGUUUCAAAACCGACGCAUGAAGUGGCGCAACUCCAAGGAACGCGAACUGCUAGCGAACGGAGGCUCCCGGGAUCAAACACUUCCGAACAAAAACAACCCCAACCCGGACCUUUCGGACGCCCGGACCGAUCGGCAAACGUCUCUCUCGCCUGCUCCAUCCGGCUCUCCCCCACAAGGCUCUACACCACUAGACAGCCAACCACCACCCCCGGCCCAUCCGCCACCGCCAACAACACCGUCAGACUCACCGAAACCUGCCCCACCACCAAUGCUUACCUUCAAGUCCAAGUUUGAGCUGCUAAAGCCCGGUGCCGGUGGGGACUUUAAGUUCGAUUUCGAGGAGCAGGUUCCGGUCGGGAAUCGUCCAUCGGGUGGUAUGCCCGGUGCUGGGGCACACUUCCCGAUGGGUGGUUUCUAUCAGCCCGACUCGGGACGUUCAAAUAGCAGCGCCUCGUCCGAUCUGCAGCCGGGCAGUGCGGUGAGCGGUUCGACGCCCAUGUACUACGAUGAGUACGAAUCGGCAGGCGACUCGGAUGAUAGUGACGAGGAAAUAAAUGUCACGUGA